GCAGAACCGAAUCCUGGACAGGAAUCGACAAAGCCCGGAAUUCUCGGUGGACAAUGUGGUCAUCGGAAACAUUGACGCCACCGCCGGCAACACCCUCUCCCCCACCUUCACCUUCACCCUCCACGCCAAAAACCGCCACGAAAGCCGCGGCAUGUGCUACGCCGCCGCCGAGGCCAGACUCUCUUUCUAUUACAAUGCUGACAGUGGGACCCUUGCGCUCGCCACCAUGACCGCCGCCCCGGUCAACCUGCCGCCGGGAAACGACGACCCAAUCGGCAUCCCCUUCUCUGCCGGGUCAACGAAUGUGACGCUGACCGACAAAGAAGCCCGGGUUUUGAUUGAAAAUAAGCAGAACUUGGAUAGGUUCAAUGCGUCCUUGGCUGUGAUAGCUCUGGUUAAGAAUGAUAUCUCCGACGCCCGUUCUCGCUGGCUUGAGAUCAAGUGCGGGUCUAUGUCUCUCGUGCCCAAUUUUACGCAAGUGUUCACGUGUAGGUUAUCCGGACUCUGAAAUUAAAGGAAUUGAUUGACCUAGAUGGAAAGCUUUUGCCAAUUUAGAAGGUUUUGAACCGAAGUUCCAGACUGAUAAUCUUCGCCUUGUCCACACAAAUAAAAUUUGUAAUCCAAGAUUUGUUGCUAUUAAUACUAACUUCUUUGAAAACAUUUACCACGAAUUCGUGGGAAUUGUUAAAUUUAACGCGGUUAGUUACCCGUCAUUUAAUCCGGUAGGUUUUGGUUCUUGUUCCCUUGCCAUAUUUAUGUACUGUUAAUUAAUAAAUUGGUAAGAUAUUCCCAGCACUACUAAAAAG